CCUUUCCUUCAAUCCUUUCAAAAAGAAAAAAAAUAAAUUAUCAAUUAAUUCAAAACCAUUUCAUGGCGAAUCCGUUUAUGAUGAAGAGAGCGAGAGAAGAAUUUGAUCAUCACGUGACCACCGUGGCGAACGGUUUGAUGUUGCUCUCCGCCGCCGCCGGAGACCGGCAGGGGGAUAGUUAUCUGACGAUGAGUAGCGGCGAUCUGUGCGGCCGCGUUUUUGAGUGCAAGACGUGUAAUCGGCAGUUCUCGUCGUUCCAGGCGCUGGGAGGGCACCGGGCGAGCCAUAAGCGGCCGAGGAUGAUGACGGCGGCGGCGGCGGGGGAGGCGGUGGCGCUUUUGCCGCCGAGCUCGCCGCCGAAACCUAAGACGCACGAGUGCUCCAUAUGCGGGCUGGAGUUCGCCAUUGGACAAGCGCUGGGAGGGCACAUGAGAAGACACAGAGCGGUUGGGAAUGACGCCGCCUUAAGCGGCGGCGGCGGCGGCGGCGAUUCUCUUGCUCUUUCUCCUCCCGGCGGCGUUCCUGUGGUGAAGAAGCCGUCCAGUGGGCGGAGGGUUUUGUGCGUGGAUUUGAAUUUGACGCCAUUGGAAAAUGAUCGCCUGGAGUUCAUCAAGUUUGGGAAGAUGGCCGGCCUAAUGGUUUAAUUGUUUGAUUUCUUGUGUUACUGAAAACUCAGUAUUAUUAGAUCUAGGUUUAUUAUAUUAUACGGAGUAUAUAUAUACGUCCUUCUAUAUUUAGAUCAUACUUUUGGUUUAAUCGAUCUUGUAUUUAGCUCAAUAUGGAUUUUUUUUUUUUUUUUUA